UGUUACCACAUCAAGCACAUUUAUAAGUUACCCGACAAACCAUUGUUAGAGUGUAUGACAUAACACACUUGAGAAAGCGAUCUAUAUGGUCCAAAAUUACAUUAUUAGAAUGAAAAUCCAUAAAGCCACGAGAAUUUGCAGAUUAUGAAUCCAGUGAUUGCUGUGCUUUAGUAAUGAAACUCAUUGUGUGAGCAUUCAGCAGCCUUGCCCUUUGAUCUCACAUUAUCUGUUCAUAAGUUCACCUGCUGCUGUCUAAUAUAAAAUGAGCUCAUUUAUUUUUGUGGUGUAGCAGAAUCCAGAAAGUGCCCAGACAUAUAUUUGUACCUUUAUCAUAGCCAUAAUAAGCUCAGUAUGGCAAUAAAUAUAAUUUUUGUGAAUAAAAGGAAGACUGGUGAAGGUUAAAAUUUAAAGAGAUUUUAAAAAGUGCAGUUCAAGUGGCAUAGAAAGAUAUUCGCUCCUGGCUUGAGACGCAGACGUCAGCUAGGCGGGGGGUAAUAAAAACCCCCAUUCAUCCCGAGGAGGGGCAUAAUUGGCUUGACCACAUCUUGAAACCACUAUCUAGCAUAUUUGGGGCAAUAAACUCACUUCUGCAAUCAGCGUCUGUGAACUCCGGGCAUUGUAUUCCAGUUUGAUUCGCACUGUCCCACUGACAUAAUGGGUUAGAAAACUCUCCAAACAUGAUGGAUCACAACACAUCCACACAGAUUUCGCAAAGCACAUACUCUUGUUUUUAAAUCACUAGAAAGUGAGUAAAUCCUGUUCAGAAGCCAUAAUUAAUGGUGCAAUGAUCGAAUCCAAUGUGAGUCAGAGUUGCGCAUGGUGCGCCGGAGGAGGUGACGGAACCAGCGAGCAGUUGGAUCUGAAUCACACAGCGCACACUCUGAGUCCGACGGGACAUUUGGUGGUUGCGGUGUGUCUAGGAUUCAUCGGAACAUUCGGGUUUCUCAACAACACGCUGGUCCUGAUUCUGUUCUGUCGCUACAAAGUGCUGCGCUCGCCCAUGAACUGUCUUCUGGUGAGCAUCUCGGUGAGUGAUCUGCUGGUGUGCGUCGUCGGCACUCCGUUUAGCUUCGCCGCCAGCACGCAGGGACGGUGGCUCAUCGGACGCGUGGGCUGCGUGUGGUAUGGCUUCGUCAAUUCAUACCUGGGCAUUGUGUCUCUUAUCUCCCUGGCAGUGCUCUCUUAUGAGCGCUACUGCACUAUGAUGGGGACCACGCAGGCCGACUCUUCCAAUUACAGAAAGGUAGCCAUGGGUAUUGCCUUCUCCUGGAUGUAUUCCAUGGUUUGGACUCUUCCUCCACUGUUUGGAUGGAGCCGCUAUGGUCCUGAGGGUCCCGGCACCACCUGCAGCGUUAACUGGGAUGCCAAGACGGCCAACAAUGUGUCUUACAUCGUCUGUCUCUUUUUUUUUUGCCUUAUUCUUCCCUUCAUCGUGAUUGUCUACAGCUAUGGCAGACUCCUUCAGGCUAUAACACAGGUGAGCAGGAUCAAUACGGUUGUGAGUCGUAAACGGGAGCAGCGAGUUCUCUUCAUGGUGGUCACCAUGGUGGUGUGUUACCUGCUUUGCUGGUUGCCCUAUGGGAUUAUGGCCCUGCUUGCUACAUUUGGGCAGCCUGGUCUGGUGACUCCAGCAGCCAGCAUUGUUCCCUCUCUCUUAGCCAAGACCAGCACCGUCAUAAAUCCUAUAAUCUACAUCUUCAUGAACAAACAGUUUUGCAGAUGUUUCCAUGCCCUCAUCAUGUGCACGACUCCAGAGAGAGGCUCCAGCUUUAAAAACUCCUCCAAAGUCACCAAAACUCUCAGGACGGUGCGACGUGCCAAUGGCCAGAACAUGACCUUUGCAGUGGCCUCAGCUGGCCCCCCUACUAUCUAUGCUCAACACAGCGAUGGGCAGAAAACUUCCUCAGAGGGUGAAGGACCCUCUCCUGCUGUGGGCCAAAUGCCCAGCAAACCUGUUGUCUCUCUUGUGGCCUAUUACAAUGCCUGAACUUUUACAGUCAAGCAAAUAUCACAACCCAUUCCAAUACAGAGGAUUUAAAGAUGACAUAGAGGUCACGGUGAACAACGGACAGAAAAAAGAAUUGAGGGAGGGGAAGUUGCCAUGGUCUGCUAAGGACUGAGGAACUGGGACAUAGCCCUUUUUGGAGAUCAUAUGUCAUGCAGCAUGCAUGACCUUUGUGGGAAAGAAAGGAUAUUGAAUGUGAACAGAUGCAGACAAAGACGACACUACUAAAGUGGUUAAAGCAGAAAUAGUAGGAAAAAAAUGCACAUGGAUCUAAGUUUCUUAUUUGUCAAGUAUUGGAUGUACAGUAGAAGUUUAAAAGCCAAAUACAUUUAAACUAAAUUUUUCACAACUCCUGACAUUUAAUCGUAGAAAAUAUUCCCUGUCUUAGGUCAGUUAGGAUCACUACUUUAUUUUAAGAAUGUGAAAUGUCAGAAUAAUAGAGAAUUAUUUAUUUCAGCUUUUAUUUCUUUUAUUACAUUCCCAGUGGGUCAGAAGUUUACAUACACUUUGUUAGUAUUUGGUAGCAUUACCUUUAAAUUGUUUAACUUGGGUCAAAUGUUUUGGGUAGCCUUCCACAAGCUUCUCACAAUAAGUUGCUGGAAUUUUGGCCCAUUCCUCCAGACAGAACUGGUGAAACUGAGGCAGAUUUGUAGGCCUCCUUGCUCGCACACGCUUUUUCAGUUCGGAUUGAGGUCAUGGCUUUGUGAUGGUCACUCCAAUACCUUGACUUUAUUGCCCUUAAACCAUUUUGUCACAACUUUGAAGGUAUGCUUGGGGACAUUGUCCAUUUGGAAGACCCAUUUGCGACCGAGCUUUAACUUCAUGGCUGAUGUCUUGAGAUGUUGCUUCUAUAUAUCUACAUAAUUUUCCUUCCUCAUGAUGCCAUCUAUUUUGUGAAGUGCACCAGUCCCUCCUGCAGCAAAGCACCCCCACAACAUGAUGCUGCCACCCCCAUGCUUCGUGGUUGGGAUGGUGUUCUUCGGCUUGCAAGCCUCACCUUUUUUCCUCCAAACAUAACGAUGGUCACUAUGGCCAAAAAGUUCAAAUUUUUGUUUCAUCAGACAGAGGAAAUUUCUCCAAAAAGUAAGAUCUUUGUCCUCAUGUGCAUUUGCAAACUGUAGUCUGGCUUUUUUAUGGUGGUUUUGGAGCAGUGGCUUCUUCCUUGCUGAGCAGCCUUUCAGGUUAUGUCUAUAUAGGACUUGUUUUACUGUGGAUAUAGAUACUUGUCUACCUGUUUCCUCCAGCAUCUUCACAAGGUCCAUUGCUGUUGUUCUGGGAUGGAUUUACACUUUUCGCACCAAACUAUGUUCAUCACUAGGAGACAGAAUGCAUCUCCAUCCUGAGCGGUAUGAUGGCUGCGUGGUCCCGUGGUGUUUAUACUUGCGUACUAUAGUUUGUAUAGAUGAAUGUGGUGCCUUCAGGCAUUUGGAAAUGUAUCCCCAGGAUGAACCAGACUUGUGGAGGUCCACAAUUUUCUUUCUGAGGUCUUGGCUGAUUUCUUUAGAUUUUCCCAUGAUGUCAAGCAAAGAGGCACUGAGUUUGAAGGUAGGCCUUAAAAUACAUCCACGUAUACACCUCCAAUUGACUCCAAUUAGCCUAUCAGAAGCUAAUUGGUUAAUUACCUAAAGGCUUGACAUAAUUUUCUUGAAUUUUUCAAGCUGCUUAAUGCCACAGUUAACUUCUGACCCACUGGAAUUGUGAUAUAGUCAAAUUAAAAGUGAAACAUUCUGUCUGUAAACAAUUGUUGGAAAAAUUACUUGUGCCAUGCAUAAAGUAGAUGUCCUAAAUGACUUGCCAAAACUAUAGUAUGCUAAUAUGAAAUCUGUGGAGUGGUUAAAAAAUGAGUUUUAAUGACUUCAAUCUAAGUGUAUGUAAACUUCUGACUUCAACUGUAAAUCUACCAAUGAGUUUGGUGAGGUCUGUUUAUAUUUGAAACUAAGCAUGAGUCUGUUUUUUUCGCCAAUAUUAUAACAUGGCCAUUUUCUUCUUGAGUUGCCUUUCAUGGUUUAACAACCACUGUAGCACAAUUUGUUGAAAGUGAUGCUAUUCUUGCAGUCUAAUUGUCUCAUAAUUCUGCUCGUCAUGUGGACAUUACAAGUACAAUACAGUAACCACACAAAACCUUUUUGUCAGGGGAUAUUUUUACAAUGCUGUUGAAAUUUAAAGGGGUCAUACCAUGAAACAUCGAAAGUCCUAUUUUCCACUUUUACUAGAUUUUGUUAUGGCUUAUCUUAAGCUUUUCUUAUUGUCAGUGAAAGAAAAACAUGUUUUAAAGUGUGAUAUGAUCAUUUUAUUGAUCAAUUUCAGUGUCAUAACAUUUCCCUUCUUAUGCAAGUACACAUAGUACAUACAACAGAACCUACUAGGUUGCACUAGAAAUUCUGUAAUGUUUAAAUAAUUUUAAAAAAUGCUGAUAUAUAUUUGCAUUUUAGCACUAAACUAAAAAUUUCAUAAGGCUUUAUAAGUCUGGAUUGACAACGAUCAUCACUUUAUGUGUUAUAUUGGAAUGGAGGAUUACCCUCAUAAACCCAUAUAGUUUAUUACUGAAUAGCAAAUUUGUAAACACAAGCUUUCGGAUUAAAGGAGCAACAGGAUUAUUUUUUACGAGAGUGGAUAUGUGAAAUAAACUAAUUCAGUGUGAUAAUUUUUAGUUAAUUGCAGGGUAAUUUGUAUAUUGUACAAAAAAGAGGGUGUGAAAUAACAUUAGUGAGUAUUUUUAUGAGAACUAUUUAUACUGUAGAUUGAGGGAUGAAGGGAUUUUAUGUGACCCAGUUUUUUAGCUUGUAAUAUAGAUUUGCCAUUCCGAUAAACAAUAAUGCAAAGCUGACGAUUUGCAAAAUGUUAAUUCAGUAAAUUAAGCAAGAAUGUUCUAUGCAGGCAGUGCCGUGCAUAUUGUUUCAGAAUGCAUACAAAUGCAAAUGAACAGCACACAUUUUUUCAUAAUUGCAUUUGAUCUAUUAUCUUUUGAGGAUUUUUCCCUUGCGUGGUACAUUCUUAAGAAAAUUUAAUAUGAUUUCUGAUACUUUUGCUGUCUUCUAUCUUUUCAUUAGUCUAUGUUUUGUUUCAUCAUAGUGAUCUGUCUUUGGUCAGACUGCAAAAAUGUAUUUUCCUAAUCAGUAUUUCUGUGUGGUUUUCCAGUAAUUUAUUUACUUGAGAAACAAAAUAAGUUUUUUUUUUUUAGUUUUUUUUUUUGAAAAUACAUUAAGUUUUGAAUUAGGUUUCUUACACCAAUAGCAAAUACUUUUCUCUUGUUAUUAAGUGUAAACCUCACUAAACCGUGUUGCCAAUGAGAUCAGAAAGAUGUAUUCUCUGAAAACAAGUUUUUCUAGUAUUUAAGUAAUAUCAAGAAAGACAGAAAAUAAUUUUUGCAGUGCAGAGAUUGUUGUUCUACGUUCUGAUUGCACGUUUAGGAAGACGGGUCCAUUUGACAAACAUAUUUGUGUGUGUGUGUUUGCAAGCAACUGUCAGUAUUAUGUAUUACCAAAGCAGAUUUUUGUUCCCCCCAAAUGUUACAAAUGUUAUUGCAAAUAAAAAUAUCUG